GUAAGCUGCAGCUGCAGACGGUCAAAGAGCGUUUCCAGGCCUUCCUCAACGGAGACACCCAGAUCGUGGCGGACGAAGCCUUCAUCAACGCCGUCCAGAGCUACUAUGACGUGUUCCUCAAGAGCGACCGUGUGUCCCGGAUGGUGCAGAGCGGCGGCUGCUCGGCCAGCGACUCCCGGGAGGUUUUUAAGAAGCACAUAGAGAAGAGGGUGCGCAGCCUGCCUGAGAUCGACGGCCUGAGCAAGGAGACGGUGCUGAGCUCCUGGAUCGCCAAGUUUGACACCAUCUACCGAGGAGAGGAGGACCCCCGGAAGCACCAGCAGAGGAUGACAGCCAGCGCCGCCUCCGAGCUCAUCCUCAGCAAGGACCAGCUGUACGAGAUGUUCCAGCAGAUCCUGGGCGUCAAGAAGUUUGAGCACCAGCUGCUCUACAACGCCUGCCAGCUGGACAACCCUGACGAGCAGGCGGCCCAGAUCAGAAGAGAGCUGGACGGACGCCUGCAGAUGGCCGACCAGAUAGCUCGACAUGGUGGAAGGUUUCCCAGGUUCUCAUCCAGAGAGAUGGAGGCCAUGUUCAUUGAGGAGAUGCGAUCCUCUGUCAACCUGCUGAUGGCCAACCUGGAGAGCAUGCCCGUGUCCAAGGGAGGGGAGUUCAAGCUGCAGAAGCUGAAACGAGGACACAACACCUCCAUCAUGGACAUGGGCCAGGAGGACGAGAACACGCUGUCCAAAUCUGACGUGGUGCUGUCCUUCACCCUGGAGGUGGUGAUCAUGGAGGUGCAGGGUCUGAAGUCAUUGGCUCCAAACAGAAUCGUUUACUGCACCAUGGAGGUGGAGGGGGGGCACAAACUGCAGACUGACCAGGCUGAGGCCUCCAAACCAACUUGGGGAACCCAGGGUGACUUUACCACCACGCAGCCGCUGCCCGCUGUGAAGGUGAAGCUGUUCACUGAGAGCACAGGAGUGUUGGCUCUGGAGGAUAAGGAGCUGGGGAAGGUUGUGCUCCACCCGACUCCAAACAGUCCCAAGCAGUCAGAGCUCCACAAGAUGACGGUGUCUAAAGGCUGUCCGGACAGCGACCUGAGGAUCAAACUGGCCAUCCGCAUGGACAAACCACAGAACAUGAAGCAUUGUGGGUACCUUUGGACCAUUGGCAAAAAUGUGUGGAAAAGAUGGAAGAAAAGAUUCUUCGUACUGGUGCAGGUGAGUCAGUACACCUUCGCCAUGUGCAGCUACAGAGAGAAGAAGGCGGAGCCUGUGGAGCUCCUGCAGCUCGAUGGCUACACUGUGGACUACUGUGACCCCCAGCCAGGUCUGGAUGGCGGCCGGACGUUCUUUAACGCUGUGAAAGAGGGUGACACUGUGAUCUUUGCCAGUGAUGACGAGCAGGACCGGAUCCUGUGGGUGCAGGCCAUGUACCGGGCCACCGGCCAGUCACACAAGCCAGUGCCCCCCACCCAGGUCCAGAAACUCAACUCCAGGGGGGGCACAACUCCACAGCUGGAUGCACCCAUUUCUCAGUUCUAUGCUGAUCGGGCACAGAAGCACGGCAUGGAUGAGUUCAUUUCAGCGAACCCCUGUAACUUCGACCACGGCUCUCUGUUUGAGCUGGUGCAGCGCCUCACUCUGGACCACAGGCUCAAUGACUCCUACUCCUGCCUGGGCUGGUUCAGUCCCGGUCAGGUCUUCGUCCUAGAUGAGUACUGCGCUCGCUACGGCGUCCGAGGCUGCCAUCGGCAUCUCUGUUACCUGAGCGACCUGCUGGUGCGGGCGGAGAACGGAGCCAUGAUCGACCCCACCCUGCUGCACUACAGCUUCGCCUUCUGUGCCUCACAUGUCCAUGGGAACAGGCCUGAUGGUAUAGGCACAGUGACCGUAGAAGAGAAGGAGCACUUUGAGGAGAUCAAAGAGAGGCUACGGGUUCUUCUGGAGAACCAGAUAACACACUUCAGGUACUGCUUUCCAUUUGGUCGGCCAGAAGGGGCGCUGAAAGCAACUCUGUCCUUGCUUGAAAGGGUUCUGAUGAAGGAUAUUGUUACCCCGGUUCCACAAGAGGACGUGAAGGCGGUGAUACGUCGGUGUCUGGAGCAGGCUGCUCUAGUCAACUACCAGCGGCUGUCAGAGUACGCCAAACUGGAAGGGAAAAAAAGAGAGAUGUAUGAGCAUCCUGUCUUCUGCUUGGCGUCUCAAGUGAUGGAUUUAACCAUUCAGAAUGUAGGGCGGUUAGUCACACCUGCUAAAAAACUGGAGGACAAUAUCCGCCUGUCCGAGCUGGUGAUCGAGGUGCUGCAGCAGAACGAGGAACACCAUGCUGAGGGAAAAGAGGCCUUCGCCUGGUGGUCGGACCUGAUGGUGGAGCAUGCAGAGACCUUCCUGUGUCUGUACUCGGCUGACAUGGACGCAGCUCUUGAGGUUCAGCCGCCCGACAGCUGGGACAGCUUCCCCCUCUUCCAGCUGCUCAACGACUUCCUGAGAAUGGACUAUAACCUGUGCAAUGGAAAGUUCCACAAGCACCUGCAGGACCUGUAUGCCCCCCUGGUGGUGCGCUAUGUGGACCUGAUGGAGUCUUCCAUUGCUCAGUCCAUUCACAGAGGCUUUGAAAGAGAAUCCUGGGAACCUGUCAAUAACGGCUCGGGAACGUCAGAGGACCUCUUCUGGAAGCUGGACGCUCUGCAGACCUUCAUCAGAGAUCUGCACUGGCCUGAGGAGGAGUUUGGCAAACACCUGGAGACCCGCCUGAAGCUGAUGUCCAGCGACAUGAUCGAAUCAUGCGUAAAACGGACGCGGGCUGCGUUCGAGGCCAAGCUCCAGAGGAGCAGCCGGGCCACAGAGUUCCGCGUGCCGCAGUCCAUCUGCACCAUGUUCAACGUGAUGGUGGACGCCAAGGCCCAGUCCGCCAAGCUGUGUGCCAUGGACCUGGGGCAGGAGAGGCAGUACCACUCCCAGAUUGACGAUCUGAUUGAAGAGACAGUGAAGGAGAUGAUAACUCUGCUGGUAGCUAAGUUUGUGGUCAUCCUGGAGGGUGUGUUAGCCAAGCUCUCCAGAUAUGACGAAGGAACGCUCUUCUCUUCCUUCCUUUCUUUCACAGUAAAAGCUGCUUCAAAGUAUGUGGACGUACCUAAGCCAGGGAUGGACAUCGCUGACGGUUACGUGACGUUUGUUCGUCAUUCCCAGGAUAUGCUGCGGGAGAAGGUCAACGAGGAGGUGUACAUAGAGAGAUUAUUUGAUCAAUGGUACACCAGCACAAUGAACCUGCUAGGAACAUGGCUGACUGACCGUAUGGACCUGCAGCUCCACCUUUAUCAGCUGAAGAUACUCAUUCGGAUUGUCAAGAAAAAGUACCGUGACUUUCGUCUUCAAGGGGUGCUGGACUCCACGCUGAACAGUAAGAUGUAUGACACAGUGAGGAACCGGCUGACCUUGGAAGAGGCCACGGCCUCAGUGAGGGAGGGGGGGAUGCAAGGCGUUUCAAUGAAGGACAGUGACGAAGAGGACAAUGUUAACUAAAUCAAAGGUCCUGAAAACUAUAAGAAAAGAGGGUGAGCAGCAUACUGCCUAGGAAUCCAAACAGCCUUUCCAUGAGCUCCAUGAUUAUUUGCUGUUUCAGUUUUUCAUUCAUGUAAUGGUUCCACAGUUCUGUCUGACUUUAUACAAGAAAAACACCAUUUGUGUCCAUAAACACCUGUGACACGCACGGCUGUUUAGAAACUAUCUCUGUAGGCUCAUCAAGCUGUUAUUCCUCAGAACUAAAACUGAAAUGUGAGAAAAUUACUGUAGUUUCCAGGAUACCCCAAACAGAGCAAAAAUGUGACAGGAGUGUGAGACAUGGGCAAAUGUGCCCUGCAUGCAAAGCCGCCUUAUAAUUAGGAUAAUAAAGAGUGGCAGUAUGCUGCAUUUACAUGCAGUUCAUCUGGCAAAACAUCAACACAUGGUGUAGUUCCUUCAUGUUGUGCCACUUAUAUUAUCUACAGUCCUUGUAUGGUAGCCUUCCUGUUGCUUGUUGUUGAAGGUACAUAGAGCACUCUUACAGUAUGAAACAGUCAAAUGAUCCAGGUUCAUCUAUGGUGGUUCAAAGUGAGAUAAUGAACCAGGUUUCUGUGUUUUUUAAACCUGCCAACAAAUGGAUGAUGAACUCUUUAUGGUCAAACAUAUUGUGAUUGAUCCAUUUCAAAUAUAUUUCAAAGUAUUUGGCAGAAGGAUGGACAACUGAUUCUGAACAAAUUGCCAUCUCUAGGUCUGACAUCAUAAAGGCAAGAACAUAUUUUUGACAAAACAUUUAAAUAAAUACCCUAAAUCAACAUCACCAGAUGAAUCUGCAAAGUUGGGACAAGUAUGUAAGACAUCAGUUUGAACCAAGCAGCUAAAUGCCAUUUUAUCAACCGUUAAGCACAUCAAGAUUAUUUGCAUGAGAGAUGAAAGUGUACACACAGAAUAAAUGGAAUGCACAUAGUUAAAUGAAAGUGUUAAAUAUGUAUGGGGAAUUAUCUGUGUGUUUUGGAGUUAAAUUAAAAAGAGGAUUUUGAAUCAAAGAGGAGAGGUCUGUUCUUCCUUUCCAGAGUGAGAAGUGUGCAUGUAUCCUCAACAAAGAAAGUUAUGCUUUGUUACUCAUUUCAUUUGGUGUCAAACUGCUCAAAUAUAAAUCUCCCAACACAAGUUGCAUUGUGUUGUUAAAGUAAACACGUCUUGUGGUCUCACUUCUUCAAACGUUGGUACUUUUUCUUCCCAUCAACCUAACACCUGUCACCAUCUUCAUUCUGUUUAAAUUAGUUAACAAGGCAAUAUAUAUUGUUUGGUUUUGUCACACCAAUAGACCUGUUUUUCACAUUUUCAAUUUCAAAACAAAUGCUUUAUUUGUAUCUAAUGUUAUUUAAGUAAUAGAGUUGCCAUCUGUCUUGUAUGUGACCUGCACUUCAUUCCAGAAUGAAUGACGGGGCUACUCCAAAAUGUUGAAAGGGAUUAUGGGAAGUGAAGUGUGCCUGUCAUUUCUCUUGUUUUCUAUAUUGUGCUCCUAAACUGUGCGUCCUCCUGUGCGCCGCAUGUCUCCGGGUUCACUCCCUUCAGUGUUUUGCUUCAUGUGUGAAGUUACCUGUGGGCUCAUGCUUCUGCCUUCUAGAAGAGCCCCUCAGUCGAUGAAAAUUCAAAUAAAGGUGAAUGUGGAAAGAA